CCUUUUACAGCAGGAGUGUGUGUGAGAGAGAGAAAGAGAGCAGCAUAGCUCCUGUAAUUGUCAGAUGUUGUGGAGGAACCAGCCCCAGUGAGAGUGAGAGAGAGUACUUUCCAGAAGUCUUUGUAGGGCAGGCAGUAAUAGUGUGUGUCUGUCUCUGUGCUUGUUUUGCAUUGUUUUCAAAGUCUUUGUAGAGGAGCCUGUUUAUGGGAUAGAGGAAAACUCCACCUCUCUCUCUUGUUUGCCUGUGUUAGGCUGAAGAACAGCAGUUCCUGAAAAUAACAAAAAAAACACACCGGGCAGUAAAGUCUUUUGAAAUCAUGACAACUAUCAAUGUUAUGGGAGACAGCUGCAAUGCAGACACACUUUGGAUCUUUCUCUGCCCUAUUCCGCUCUUCCCCGAGAGGCAACAGGGACGAGUGAAAAAGAGCAGCUUCCAAGGGGAAAAGGUCUAGCACGGCCCCUUCUCUCAACCCCCGGAGUUGCGGGCCUCUGCCGACACUUGUGCAGUAACGCCCGGCCUGAUUGGCUGGUGGGCAGGCACGGUGGUUCAGGGACUUGCGAGGCAGAGGCGCUGCUGCCUGACGAGGAGCGCAUGAGAAGGCAGCCGUCCGCUUCCUCUUUCGCUGGGGCACCCUCAGCUGCCGGCGCCGCCAUCAUGUCGGAGCGGCUCAGCAAGCCCACGUGCCUUAUUGUGGCCAGCGCGGCACCUGCAGGUGUGUCUGCCGACUCAUUCCUUCAUUCUUUUACACUGGCAAGUGCUGCUUUUAAUCUACAGGUUGCUACCCCUGGGGGGAAGCCUAUUGAUUUUGUUGAUGUUAAUGAGGCAAACAUGCGUUGGAUCCAGGACUUUCGUAUGAAAUCCUAUGCCAAUCCUGCCAAACUGGAAUCAACUGAUGGUGCCCGAUACCAUGCAUUAUUGAUUCCUGACUGUCCUGGUGCUAUGACAGAUCUGGCAAACAGUGGUUAUUUAGCUAGGAUAUUGCAGCAUUUCAGCUCUGAGAACAAGCCCAUUUGUGCUGUUGGACAUGGAGUUGCUGCCUUAUGCUGUGCUACAAAUGAGGACAAAUCCUGGGUAUUUGAAGGAUACAGUUUAACAGGGCCCUCUGUGUAUGAACUGAUCAGCCUGCCUAAUUUUGCCAGCUUGCCCAUCAUCAUUGAAGACUUUGCAAAAGACUCUGGAGCUAACUUUAGUGCCAGCAAAGCAGAUGCAGUACAUGUGAUCCUAGACCAGCACCUUGUGACAGGACAGAAUGACAACUCCACAACUGCAGCUGUCCAGAAUCUUAUUUUCCUCUGCAGUAGCAGAAAAUGAUGCGGCACUGCCUCCUUAUAACUGUGAUGGAUAUGGAAGACUUUUUGGCCUGGGAGAUGGAUCAUUUGCUAAUGGAGAUGAGUUGGUUGGCCAUCAUACAUAAGUCACAGACAGCAGCAAUUUUUCUGUAGGUGGACUGUGUAAAGCUUAAGAAGGUAUAUUAAACAUUCAGGCACUGAAAUAAAUGUAUGUUGUUUACCGUCCUUAAGGUAAUUGUCUGUAUAUUAAACAGAAUUGUAUCUAUUAAA